CUUCAAAGCAGCAAUGUUACUCAUCGAAUUAACAAAUAAACCAUGGUGUCUCCAACCUUAGAGAAGGUCUCGUCAUUUGUUUCUGUACUCGUGUUUACUAUUUUGUUGUCUUCACCAAAUUUAGCUUCCGUGUCUGUUCAAGAAGCUAUUGCUCUCCUCAAAUGGAAAGCUAGCCUUCAACACCAAAACAAUUCUUUGCUAACUUCAUGGAUUUUUCCUUCUAAUUUUUCUUCUUCAAGCCAUCCAAAAACUAGUGCCAUCCCAUGCACUUGGUCUGGAAUUUCUUGCAAUAUUGAUGGAAGCGUGACAAGACUGAACCUCACGAAUUCAAACGUAAACGAGCUUGCUUUCACGAUGAAGGUAACUGAAAAUUGCGAUGUGUACAGCUUUGGAGUGUUGACACUGGAAGUUAUCAAAGGAAAUCAUCCUAGCAAUUUCACCACAUCGCUAUCAUCUUCGUCUAUGGAUCAAAGAAAAAUGCUGAAAGAAGAGUUGGAUCAACGCGUUUUAGUUCCCUCAAUAGAAUUUGAAGAUGUGUUGAUCUCAAUUAUAAAGUUGGCAAUUGAAUGUUUAAAUGUCAAUCCACAAUCUAGGCCGACCAUGCAAAAUGUGUCUCAGUUGUUGUCAAAAUUAGCAAUACCUUAAUAGAACCAUGUAGCUUAAUUACACUCAAUGUGGAAGUUUAGUUACUUAUUGUAGCAUGGAUAUUGUACUAAAUAAAAUCAAAUGCUUGCUUAAUAUAUUUUUGCAUCCUUCGUAAC